UGAGUUUCCAAACCGCUGGGUUAAGGGGAAAAAUGCGAAGGAGUAAAAAUAAACAUAAAUGUGGCUUGAGAGUAAAAAUGUAGCAGAGUUGUACGCUUCGUUCUGCAUCCCGGUCAUUCUUACGUAUUUAAACUAUAUAUACUCUGAGUCUGCUGUUUAGUUUUAAGUAUUCUCUACGAGAAAGUCAAGGUUCACUUUUGACAAACUCGAUUCAGCUACCUGGUAACUUGUGUCUGAUUAUGGCGCACUGCAUGAUGACGGACUGUUAACGGGUUUCUGUGCUAAUUUAUGGCCAGGUCAGACUGCAUUUCCGAUGUCCUCUAGUGGGGGUUCUCCAGGCCGCUUUAGGCGUGCCCGAAACGCAGCACCAUAUAACGAUGUGCCUCCAAGCUCAUUACAGAGAGGUAACGGCCUCUAUAGUUUGCAACAUGAAAGAUCGUCGAAUUUGUCUCUGAGCUUGGACCCUCUGCCUCCUCCUCCGCUCCCUGAAGAGCCUCCAAUUGGACCAGACACUAGUGAAAACGAAAACUGUGAAAAUCCAUCAGUUGACCUCAAACCUGUUCAUCGCUUUAUUCCUGACUCGUGGAAGAGCUUCUUUCGUGGGAGCAACAGAAGCAGCAAUAGCUCAGUGCCUAUAUCCAGUAAUUUGAACACCACUACAGAGGGCAUUAGGUGCUCUCCUCCUCAAUCUCCCUCAGACUCAUAUCAUUAUAAGUUUGAGGGCUCUGCAAGCAGCUACCAUUCCCGCACAGAGCGUGAGGCUAUGCUAGGAGAGCAUCCAGAUUUGAUGGAUGGUCGCACUGCACACACCACUCUGACCUACAGUGAAAGAGUUGAGGAAUACCACCAGAAAUAUGCCUAUAUGAAGUCCUGGCCAGGGCUGCUAAGAAUUCUUGGUUGCAUCGAGUUGCUUUUAGGAGCAGCCAUUUUUGCUUGCGUCUGUGCAUACAUUCACAAAGACAAUGAGUGGUAUAAUAUGUAUGGUUACUCACAGCCACAAAUGUAUGGUGGAUAUGGUGGUGUGAAUGGUAUGUACGGGGACACUUAUUACACUGGACCCAAGACACCUUUUGUCCUUGUUGUGGCAGGAUUGGCAUGGAUAGUGACCGUGAUUAUACUCGUGUUGGGCAUGACUAUGUACUACCAUGCUAUCCUUUUAGACUCAAACUGGUGGCCUCUUACCGAAUUUGUGAUCAACUUGGUUCUUGCAAUACUUUUCAUGUCUGCCAGUAUUGUGUAUGUAAGGGACACAACUCGAGGUGGACUGUGUUAUUACCCUGUUUUCAACACUGGCAUAAACGGAGCAUUCUGUCGUAUUGAAGCUGGACAAACAGCAGCUAUCAUUUUCCUCUUUGUGGGCAUGACAGUGUACCUGAUAGGAGCAAUUGUGUGCCUGAAAUUAUGGAGACACGAAGCUGCCCGCCGCUUUAGAGAGAAGUACGCCUAUGAGAUGCAUCCAGAAUUACCAGUGGCUCAGUCUAUGCCUGGGCUGAGGAUGCCUGAGCCUGUGCACAUCUCUGCUGCACCUGUCCAAACAGACAAUUCUGCGCCAUCCAAGACAAAAGUGGUUAAAGGACCUAUUCCACUUGGACACAUUCCCAAACCUGUUAUUGUGCCUGACUACCUAUCUAAAUACCCAGCAAUUCGAAGUGAUGAGGAACGGGACCAGUACAAAGCUGUCUUCAAUGACCAAUACUCUGAAUAUAAAGAGCUGCAUGCAGAGGUCCAUGCAGCACUGAAAAAGUUUAAUGACAUGGAUAGCAUUUUGCACAACUUGCCUCGAAACUUGUCCAGUCAGGAGGAAUCCGACCGCAUAAACCGAAUCCUUCAGGUAUAUCAGCAAAAGAAAAAUGAUCCUUCAUUUCUUGAGAAAAAGGAAAGAUGUGAAUACCUCAAAAACAAACUAUCUUACAUCAAACACCGCAUUCAAGAAUAUGAUAAGGUCAUGGCAUGGAAUUAUGGCUAUGAUCGUGUGUUUAAAUUUGUUCCGUCUUCAGAGAUCAAUUGUUUUCAAGUGUGUUGUAAAAAAAUGUCUUCCCAUCCGAAUGGGAGUCCACCUCCUUAUGAGUCUGAACAUGCAUACGACAUGGUUCCACAACCUGCAUACUCGUAUUAUGCAGAUGAUGAGAUUAAGCACUUCUAUCGCUGGAAUUCACCACCAGGCAUCAUAAAAAUCAUGGCAGCCAUUAGCAUCUUUCUGUGUGUUGGAGUUUUCGCGUGUGUGGCUUCCACUUUAGCCUGGGACACCUCUGGAAGUGUGACCGGCUUUUCUGGCGGCUAUGGCGGAGGCUAUGGUGGAGGCUAUGGCGGAGGCUAUGGUGGAAGCUAUGGUAGUGGCGGCACUUCCUUUGGUGGAGGUCUCGGUGGUGGAUCCUUUGGCUAUGGUAUUCUGGGCUCACAAAACGAUCCAAGACAAGCAAAGGGAUUUAUGAUUACAAUGGCCAUUGUUACCUUCAUAACACUGAUGACCAUUUUUAUUCUUAUGCUCUCCGAUAAGCAUUGGGCACAAAGCAGGAAGUUCUACCUGAUCAUUAUUAUCGUUACAGCCAUCCUGGCUCUAUUAAUGUUUGUUGCCACAAUAGUUUACUUGGUUGCGGUUAACCCCAUGGCUCAAGCCUCUGGAUCAGUGCAGUAUUACCAGGUACAGGCCCUCUGUGCCCAGUACCAGGGUCCUCAGUCAACAGAACUCAUGAUCAACCAGUACCUGUAUCACUACUGUGUGGUGGAUCCACAGGAGGCAGUUGCCAUUGUUUUUGGCUUUCUCAUCCUUGCUUGUCUUAUCAUCAUCAUGGCUUUUGCCAUCAUCACCCGAAAGAAAAUCAAUGCAUAUGGAAAACCAAACAUCUUGUGGCAUAGGGAGAAAUCUGAAGAUCCUAACUCUCCUCAGGAUGUAGAGGAUUGGGUAAAUAAUGUAUCUGGUGAUCCAGACCUUGUUAAUAGUGAGUUCCCUGAAAAGUUUGGAGGUUUGAGAGAACACCUGGAUGAAAACAGUACAAACUAUGGCAAACCCCCUGGCAGCCUUUUGGGUGUGGAGCAUGACAUUCCAGUGCAGAAUUCUGUUCCCUACUAUAGCAGUUCAGACAUGGACAGCUCAAUCAGCAAACCUAAAAAAAAACGUGCUGUACGCCCCCGGCACAACAAUGGUAAAGACUACGAGACUGAUUAUGCGUCCUCUGGAGAUGAACUUGAUGACGAGGACUUUUCCAGUGAAUUCCCCCCCAUUACUGAUGAUCAUGAAAGGGAGAAUUAUAAGAGUGUGUUUGACAGAGAUCACCUAGAGUACAAAAGUCUGCAGGCUGAGCUGGAUGAAAUUAACAAGCGGUUAGCUGAGGCUGAUCGUGAGCUGGACGAGCUUCAGGAGGGGACUCCACAGUAUCUGGAUGCCAUGGAUGAGUACAAUGCGCUGAAGGACAAAAAGCGGACCUCUGACUAUCGAAAGAAGAAGAAGAGAUGCAAGGACCUGAAGGCGAAGUUGAGCCACAUCAAAAGAAUGGUCAGUGAUUAUGAUGGCGCAAGAUAAAGGAUUUAGAGACUCUAAGAAGCCAGACUUGACUUCCUACAGCAUACAUCUGAUGUCUGUCUAAGCAUGAAGUAUGGUAUAAGAAAUUUUACCUGGUGGUAAACAAUUUACAGGAUAUGUCCAUUUUUUUACAUAAGCUUCUUUGGUCUCUGUUAUACUCAGUUCAACAGUGAAGAAUUUUAAUGAGCCGUGUAUCAGCUUUCGACAAACUGUACCAACCUACUUAUUUUAACUUAUUUUUUUGGGUAGAAUGUUUUCUUAUUGUCUUUUAGGCUUGCAUAUUCUGCUGUAUGUGUUUCAGGGGACUAUGUGUUGUUUUUAUAGUGUUGCAUGUAUUGCUUUUUUUUAAUUGUUUGUAUCUGUAAAUAACCAAAUACACUUCUGAUUUUACUUAUUUGUUUUAGAUAACACAUGAAUCUACUUUGUAUUUCACAAAGAAAUAAAUGCUUUUUGUCAUAGUAUAAUUUUAUGAAA